AUGGCUGAACAAGCGACAGAAGAAGAUAUCCUCCUAGCGAAGCGCAUCAUCGGUGCUGCUGAGCGUCACGAUGUUCCUGCGCUGAAGGUUUUGCUCAAAGAGGGCUCGGCCAAUGUGCAAGACACCACAACUUAUGAUACGGCAACAGUAUCAAAAUCACCGCUCCACGCCGCCAUUGCAUCUUGUGGAAAAGCAGAGGAUGGGAAAGAGGCGGGUGAUGAAGCGGUUCAAACGGUCGAGUUGCUGCUACAGAACGGUGCUAUCUGGAACGACUUAAGCAGCGAGGAUGAGACACCUGGAUGUAUCGCCCUCAAACUUGGCCAAAAGAAGAUCUACGACAUCAUGGUCGAAGCCGGUGUCCGUGCUGAGAUCCUCUUUGCGAAAAUGGAGGCUCUCGGCUUGGGUACCAACACAGCGGAAGAGCACGACGGUGAGGAGGCGACAGACGAGAUCGCCGAGGACCGACCCGCCGUUAAGAAGCAGAAGGUGUCGGAGGGAGAAGUGAAAGAAAUUCAGGAGGUCGCCGAAGAGCCGAAGCUCGAUGACGUCUCACUGGACAACCAUGCCUAUUUGAAGAGCGAGUUGCGCUACAAAGAAGGUAUCUUACUAGACGAAUCCGACAACGCAGUCAUGAUGGACUGGGAAGACCAAAUCAUGCGCCGACACGCCGAGACAAUUAACCCCAAGCCCGGUCUCAAAGUCAUGAAUGUCGGGCAUGGUCUCGGUCUGGUUGACACAGCUAUUCAGACCCAUAACCCAGCUGAGCAUCACAUCAUUGAGGCCCAUCCUCAGGUCCACAAGCGCCUCAGGGAGACGGGUUGGUACGACAAGCCCAAUGUGCAUAUCCAUGAGGGAAGGUGGCAAGACAUCUUGCCUAAGCUCAUUGAGCAGGGGGUCGUUCUAGAUGGAAUAUACUACGACACUUUCGCUGAAGACUAUGCUGCGUUGAAAGAAUUCUUCUCUGAGUAUGUUAUCCAGCUGCUCGCGCCUGAUGGCGUAUUUGGCUGGUACAAUGGUCUGGGAGCCGAUCGCCAGAUUUGUUAUGACGUGUACACAAAGGUUGCCGAAAUCGACCUCUAUGAAGCCGGAUUGGACACUGUGUGGGAAGACAUUGACGUCCCCAAAGGUCUGCAUGACAAAAAGAAUUGGGAGGGAACCAGGAGGCCAUACUGGACGAUUGACGUGUAUCGACUACCGAUCAACAAAUUCGUCAAGUGA